AUGGCGGCAGCAGAGGCAGUACACCACAUCCACCUGCAAAACUUCUCUCGGUCUUUGCUCGAGACCCUCAACGGGCAGCGGUUGGGCGGGCACUUCUGCGAUGUGACCGUGCGCAUCCGUGAAGCCUCGCUGCGAGCACACCGCUGCGUGCUGGCUGCCGGCUCACCCUUCUUCCAGGACAAGCUGCUGCUCGGCCACUCCGAGAUCCGAGUGCCGCCCGUGGUGCCUGCGCAGACGGUGCGCCAGCUCGUUGAGUUCCUCUACAGCGGCUCUCUGGUGGUGGCGCAGGGCGAGGCACUGCAGGUGCUCACGGCCGCGUCGGUGCUGCGCAUCCAGACGGUCAUCGACGAGUGCACGCAGAUCAUCGCGCGGACGCGCGCCCCUGCCCCGAGCACCCCGUCUCCCGCGCCCCUUCCGGCACCGGUGCCCCCGCCCCUGGCGCCCGCGCAGCUGCGCCACCGCCUGCGCCACCUCCUGGCCGCUCGCCCCCCAGGCCACCCUGGUGCCACACACAGCCGCAAGCAGCGCCAGCCUGCGCGCCUGCAGUUGCCUGAGCCGCCAGCACCCACCAAGGCCCAGGCGUCUGACGCGGACCUGGCGAUCUCCGCAGCCCCGGACGACGGUGGAGAUGAUGAUGACGGCGAGACAGAGGAUGAGACCGAUGGUGAGGACGCAGCAGGGGGCAGCGGUGGCCCCGGAGAAGGCCAGGCGCCCCCUGCCUUUCCUGACUGCGCCGCCAGCUUCCUCGCCACUGCUGGAGACAGCGCGCUCGAGGGGCCCCCUGUGACCGCAGGGCUCCCCGCCUAUGGCGGCACCGGGAGGGACUUCCUCCGGGGGGCCGCACCGGCUGAAGAGGUGAUCCCUGACAGCUUCGUCCCAGCCUGGCACGAUGAGGAUGGAACUGCGGCCGAGAGCUGUCCUGCCGAGACCCCCACCCCAGCCGACUGCGUCCUGGGCGCCCCCUGCCCGCCAGGCGUGAAGACCUCUGGGCCCCCCUCCUCACUGUUCCCCUUUCACCUGGGUGCUCCUGGGCCACCUGCACCCUCUGGGCCAGCGCCCGCGCCCCCACCUGCUUUCUACCCACUCCAGCCCCCGGACGCGGCUCCGGGGGCUCAGCUUGGGGAGGCCCCGGCCCCACCUGCGCCUGCUCCGGCCCCUUCGGGUACCCCCGCACGUGGCUCAGGCUCGGAGACGCCAGCCUAUGAGUGCACCCACUGUCGCAAAACCUUCAGCUCGCGGAAGAACUACACCAAGCACAUGUUCAUCCACUCCGGGGAGAAGCCGCACCAGUGUGCUGUCUGCUGGCGAUCCUUCUCGCUGCGCGACUACCUGCUCAAGCACAUGGUCACGCACACAGGCGUGCGAGCCUUCCAGUGCGCGGUCUGCGCCAAGCGCUUCACGCAGAAGAGCUCCCUCAACGUGCACAUGCGCACGCACCGCCCGGAGCGGGCGCCUUGCCCUGCCUGCGGCAAGGUCUUCUCGCACCGCGCUCUGCUGGAGCGCCACCUGGCGGCGCACCCCGCUCCCUGA